UACGCUUGCUAGACGCGACUAGAGUAAAACUCGUGCUUGAGUCUUCUUUUCUUCGCUUAAAAAACUCCAAUCUUUUAUAUGGUUGUUGAUUCUGGAUGAAUCUCUGAUAAUGGAUCCUUCUCUUGGUGAAGCAGCUCGAGAGGACGGAUCCCGAGAGCUGCCUCAGCGUCAUGUCGAGGGGGAAAUUCCCAAUUCGUCUUCGCCACCGUUUCUCUACCUUCUGCGGAGGAGGGAGUAUCGACAUGCUCUCUUCAGCGGCAUCGUCACACUCACACUCAGCAUCAUGGGAGGAGCGGUCCUGCCCGUGUCAAAUGCAUUCACUACCACGGGAAUUGUCUGCGGCUUCCUGAUAAUGCUUGUUGUGGCCUUGGCAAAUACUUACACUUGUGAUCUGCUGCUCAGACAAGCUUAUUGUACUGGAGCUCUCAACUAUGAGUCUCUUGCUUUCCACAUUGGUGGGAAGUGGUGGAAGCUUGCUACCGAAAUUAGCAUAGUGGUUCUGCUCAUUGGGACCAUUAUAGGCAACAUUCAACAAGUCAGUGAAGCUGCUGUCAUCGGCAUUGAAAACAUCACUUCCAAUGCUCCUUCCUGGCUAACAGGUAGCGGGCGCGUGCUUAUGAUCCUGUCCGUCGUCUUCAUUGUCGCUCCAAUUUGCUUGGUGGAAAAAAUGAGACAGCUCGAAUUCUUUGCAACUGUAGGAACAUCGAUUGUCAUCUGGCUGCUCGUGGUAAUUGUCAUAGAUGCUAUCAGGUUCAAGCUGCCUGCGGUGAAAAACGGAGAGCUUGCUGCAGUCGGGUUUACAAGUAUAGGCUCAAUCACUCAAGCUAUUUCAACAUUUGGUUUUGCAUUUUACGUACAGCCAAUGAUGAUGCCCUUCCUUGCUGAAAUGCCCGCUGGUAAAGUUGGUGUGAAGCUGACCUCAUACUCGGUUCGUGUAGUUAUUCUCGGAACUUCAUUCUUCAUUUACGGCACUAUUGGAUUCUUCGGCGCGGCAAGAUACGGGAGCCUUACGUCCGAAAACAUACUGGAAAACAAAUGGCUUGGCGGUGGUGUACCACAAGGAUCACUCAACUUAGCAAUGGCGGGUAUGAGCCUUGGAAGCUUCGAUAAUUUACUUAUUGGAUGCCGCUCUUUGACAGUAUACCUUGCUUUUGCAAUUCCAACUGUAGAGUUUCCGACUCGCUACACAAUCAACCGUUGGAUUCCUGGCGAUAAGAAGCAGAAUCGCUUCUUACGUCAUUUGUGUAUAUCAGCUGGAAUCCUUGUUUUCUGCACAGGCAUCAGCCUCAUAUCGCCUAACAAUUCGGGCGCCAUCAUCACAAUUACAGGGGCGACUGGAGUUUCCAUGGUUUCGUAUACCAUUCCCGUAGUAAACCAUUUCUUGCUGUUCUUCCAAAGAGCAAAAUGUCAGAAGCAGGCUGAUGGAAUAGGAAGUGUUUUGAAGUAUAGAAAGGAUACCUGGUAUUCAAUCGUGCAGGAGUACGCCAAAGAGGUGGUGCUUCCUGCUUUUGUUAUUGUCGUUGGUAUCUUCUGCAGCAUUGCAGCUCUAACCACACUGUAAAACACCUUUAUUCGUCAACAAAUGUAAGCAACUGUUACAUUUC